CAAACUGGAUCUCUGACCAUCACAAACAUCACAACUGAACAUACUGGACGAUAUGAAGUACUGAUUAACCAGCCAAUGAGGAUAACAUUCAUUCUUACUGUUUAUGAAGAAAUAUCAGUGACGGAGGGAGAUUCAGUCACUCUAAACUUCAAUCACACUGAAUUAAGGAAAAAUGUAAAGAUAUUUUGGAAGUCUGGAUCAGAAUCUACUUUCAUAGCUCUCAAGCUUCAGGCAUUUGGGAGAUUCAGAAACAGAUUGAAUCUGGACAAUCAAACUGGAUUUCUGACGAUCACAAACAUCACAAAUGAACAUGCUGGAAUUUAUAAACUAGGGCUUAAAAGAACUGAACCAUCAUCAAAUGCAUUCAGAGUUUCUGUCUAUGCUCGUCUGCCUGUUCCUGUCAUCAGCAGUAACUCUUCAAAUUCUUCUUCAUCAUCAUCACAGCAGAAUUGUUCAUUGUUGUGUUCAGUGGUGAAUGUGAGACAUGUGAGUCUCUCCUGGUACAAAGGAAACAGUUUAUUGUCCAGCAUCAGUGUGUCUGAUCUCAGCAUCAGUCUCUCUCUACCUCUGGAGGUGGAAUAUCAGGAUAAAAACAUACACAGCUGUGUGAUCAACAAUCCCAUCAGCAACCAGACCACACAUCUGGACAUCAGCAAACUCUGUCACACAUGUUCAGACUCUGUCCACUCUUGUGGUUCUACAGAAGCUGUGAUCUGAUUGGUCCUCUCUGCUCUGGUGGGUGUGGCUAUUGUCAUUCUUCUGGUUUAUGACAUCAGAUCCAGAAGAGCUGAACAAGAUCAAGCACAUAUUCACACAUUAGAAACCUAAAUUGUGUAAUUUCUCAUAUAUCUAUGUUAUGUUUAUCAUUUAAUAAUCUUAUUUUUACAGUAGCUUUAUAUUCAUCUGCUGGUAUUGAUGCAGCUCAUUUUCAAAUGCUCAUAUAAGUAUCAGUGUUUUCAUGAUAAAUACUGAAGAUUAUUAUUGUACAGAUUCAGUUUGAGGACUUUGUUUAUACGUCCGUCAUAUUAGACACACAGAUCCUACU